CCACAAGACAUGCAGAUUUGUAGUUUCACUUCGCCAAGCGCAAUACACAAUUACACACGCACAGAACAACCAUGUCUGACUCUGAAGAAGUAACCACCCCAGCGGCUGAGGAUGCACCCGCCCCUGCCGCGGCACCAGCGGAACCCGCAGCUGCAAAAAAGAAGAAACCUUCAAAAUCCAAGCCAAAGAAACCAUCAACCCAUCCAAAAUUUAGGGAUAUGGCUGUUGAGGCCAUUGGAGCCCUAAAGGAAAGAAGUGGAUCUUCGAGACAAGCUAUAUUAAAACACAUCAGAGCAAACUACAGUGUUGACCAAGCAUCGGACAACAAUCAUUUAAAAAUGACAUUAAAAGCAUGCGUGAAGAACGGUACUUUAAAACAAUGCAAAGGCACUGGGGCAUCCGGAUCAUUUAAACUUGGAGACAAGGGAAAAGAGAAGCCAGCAAAGAAAACAAAGAAACCCGCAGCAGCAGCAGCUACAACUAAAAAGGCAAAAGUAGACAAAAAGAAAGUUUCAAAGCCAAAGAAAAGUAAAGCUAAGACAGAAAAGAAAGCUAAGGCUUCACCAAAGAAAAAGGCAGCCGCCAAACCUAAGAAGGCAAAAUCUCCCAAGAAGGCUGCUGCAAAGUCAAAGGCAAAGAAAGGAAAGGCCGCAAAGAAGUAAUGUGUCGGAAAAAUGUUUUUAAAAAUGUGUGUCGACAGAACCUGAUAUCCUGAGUAUUUAUACCAGAUUCAAGUUUUUCGAAAAAGACAUUUUGAAAAUACUCGACAUUGUUCUGAAGAAUAUUUAUUGUGAAUAAAUAUUGGACGGUUACAGUUCCAAGGACAAAGACUGCAUUCUAGAUUUGCAUCAUAUUAGUGACAUGAUGGACUGUUGGGACAUGUUUUGAAGAUUUGUAAAAACUGGAAAUCUCAGAUGUGGUAACGAGUAUAAAUAUAUAAUUAGCGAGAAUGUUGUAUGCAAUUUGUUUUCAAUGAUAGCAAAUCAUUGGCAAAUCAUGGGGGUGCUUUGGGACAGAAACUUCUGGGAGCAGUCUCGGGUUCGCCACUGUUUUGAUCUGUGUUUUUCAUUUGUGACAAAAUGUAAACUUGUAUGCUUAAUGAAAAAAUGCCUUUUACAGCAUUCAAACCGAGCAUAGAAAUUUGUUGUUUAAUGAGUAAAUUAUGAAAAUGGCUCAAAAUAAUGUAAAGGUCCUGUAAUUGUCAGAGUGAGGAUUUUUUAUUUCAUUUCUUGACAUGUCGUCUUAGUCAUAAAACAACAAAUACCUAUGUUGGGCCUGCUCAUAGGUUUCUAGUAUAAAAUUAAAUAUAGACUGAGCAUUAAUGUAAUUUGUUGUUGGUAAACAUUAUCAUAUAUUAUUUUCAUUAAUUGCAAUUGUGUAAAAUUGAUGGCAAAGCAUCAAUAUCAUCAUCAGUAUUCCAUUUGCUUUUUAAUUUCAUGUUCAUUUUUAUCCAAGUUUUCAUUUGUUUAAAAA